AAAGAAAUUAAGGUUAGAAAUGUUGAUGAUAUGGAAGAACUAUAUCAACAACUAGAACAGAUGAAUGAAAGACUUACCGCUCAAAUUGAAGGCCACUUAAAACUCCAAUCAAUAUAUCGGAAUUUUAGAUCAAUCUACAAAAAAAAGAAAGAGAAGUUAGAAGAGAGAACUAAAGUAAAGAAAGCAAAGAAAGAAAUUUAUAGAACUUACCCAACAUCUUGGAGACCUGAGAAAACUGAAACCAAGACAGAAAAAACCUAUCUUCAACAAGCCUUAAGCUACCCAGCUGGAUUGAAUAAUGAGCAAAUGCUUACCGAUAUAGAACCUAUGGCUGAAGGAACUAACAAGAACGAAAAGUCUGAAACACCUAACCGUAAUUGCCGUAAAAUAGUAAAUAUUGAAGAGGAUAAAAAUGGAAUUGAAGUUGAAAAGGAUAAAUGUAAGGCCCUUCGAUACUUACCAAUGUAUGGACCAUGCAUCUUCGAUCCCGGUGGUUUGACCUUGUCUCGUGGAACUUGA